AUGGACUCAAAUAAAGUCGAGGGGAAAUUGGGAAGAUGCGUCUACGUGUUGAAUACUGUUCUUUAUGGCGAUCAGGAUGUGGGAGAAUUAAGUCUACUUUCGAACCGAUUGCCACCCAAGACCUACCUCGUGAAGGAAGGUCUAUUUGGUAAUUUGACGUGGAAUAAGAUGUCACCUUCCGACAUAAGGGACAACAUGUCUUUGAACGCAACAAUCCUAUGCGAUGCAGUAACCUGUCGGAUAUCCAUGACGUCCUACCGCGAGCUGAGCACGCUAUGUAGAUGUUUUUGCACCACCGCCGACGAACAAGAAACGCAUAGAAAUGGAAGGCGUAUUGAAGAGUUGACAGAGACUGUUGAGAGGUCGUCUUGUAUGACUGACAAAAAGAGGAGGAACUUGCCCGAGAGCGCCAAUCAAGGUGUGGAUGAAUCGCAUAUUCUGAGCGUGCAAAGGUCCAAAACGGCUAUAAUAGCGGUAAACCAUGCAUUGCCAAAUGGGUGUCGAGAACUGUGUGAAGAACGUAUCCGAGUCUUCGGGAUCAUGCAGAUGAUUGAGGCGCACGCGUCCGAGAGCCUUGGUACCAUGAUGUCCGAGCACCCGGAAGGUGAUAGCUACUGCAAGACGAAGAAAAAUCGCGGAGAGGUUGGGAAUGAGAUGAUGUGA